AUGACAGAUAAGUCAGCUGCGGCCGACUCUUCUCCCAUUUCGACAACACUGAUCCUUCCCAGCAUGGCCCAAAAUGGGAUGAGCUCUAAGAGGACUUUCACCCUUGGGACAAUGCGCCGGGGUCUGUUUGAAGCUCCCCCCGAAGGAAGGAAGAGGAAGGCGCUAGUUCCGGACUGUGGAAGAGGUUAUGAUGUCCUAUUAUUAGCUGCGCAUGGAUAUGAUGCCUACGGGCUUGGGAUCUCUGUAAAAGCCUUGGAAAAUGCGAAGAGAAAGGAUGGGGAAGGUACCUAUGAGACGAAGGAAGGUGUUGAGAGAGGAAAAGUCACAUGGUUGGCGGAAGACUUCUUCAAAGGAGACUUUCAGAAGGAUGUUGAGGAACUUCCUAUCAGCAUUGCCUCCAUCAAUGCGACCAGCUUGGUCCAAACGCAUGACGGAAUCGUUGGCCCUGCAGGAAGACUUGUUUGUCUGGAGUGGCUAACAGACAAGCCAGCGAGUGAGGGUGGUCCGCCUUGGUUUCUCCCACCAAAAGUAUACAAGUGUCACUUGCAGCAUCCUGGAGAAGAGCUUCCAUAUGACAAAGACGGCGACCUCAAGGAGGCGGAUAUUACAGAGCAAAGUAAUUCGACCGGCCUGGAAUCGGUUGCCCAUUUUCAGCCAAAGAGGACAUUUCAGCGGAAGGGUAUGAUGCCGAGGGAAAUGUUACUGACUGAAUAG